AUGGAUUCAAUUGCUGUCAAGCCAAUCCAGCGCCGUGACAACCAUGGCCCGGGGCCGGACCAGAAUGCCAGACCUCUAGCAGAGGAGUUGCGCGAAGAGUCGCCCAUACCCUCCAACAAUUUCGCCUUCACUCCGUCCCAGCUGCACAAGUUGAUGACGUUUCGCAGCCUCGAAGCUCUCGACUACUUCGGCGGCACUCGCGGCCUGGCCGUUGGUCUACGGACUGACAUCGCUGCCGGCCUCAGCGCUGACGAGACCAACCUUGACGGAUCCGUCUCUUUCGACGAGGCCGUGGCUGCCGGCAGGGAAGCGCGUUCCCCCGUACUGCAGAGCGUCCAUCCUCCCUCGACACAUCAUGCCUACCAUGCUUUACGUCUCGGAGACGGGCCCGACCCCCAUUUUGCGGAUCGAAAACGAAUAUUCGGAGCCAAUCGACUUCCGCGCCGGAAACAAAAAUCCUUUUUUAAACUCAUGUGGAUUGCCUUCAAUGACAAGCUGCUCAUACUCCUCACAAUAUCGGCCACUAUAUCUUUGGCUAUUGGCAUCUAUCAGUCCGUAAGCGCCGAGGAGGGAAUGUCCAACAUUGAGUGGGUUGAUGGCGUCACUGUUGUCAUUGCCAUUGUUAUUAUCGUUCUUGCAAGUGCCGCCAAUGACUGGCAGAAGAAUCACAAGUUCGAAAAGUUGAACGAACGCAAAAAACAUCGAGAAGUAACCGUCUUCAGAUCCGGGAGAGCGCAACUCAUAUCUAUACAGGAAGUCAAUGUCGGAGAUGUGAUGCAUAUUGAAGCGGGCGAAGUCGUUGCUGUUGAUGGCGUUCUUCUACAGGCCUCGGGUCUCCAUAUAAACGAGUCCUCCAUCUCUGGCGAAUCUGGCAUGGUACACAAGACUGUCCCUGGCGACCACGAUGCCUCCCAUGCCGUACUUGCCGAUCCCUUCAUACUGAGCGGAACUACCGUCACCCGGGGCGUAGGACGUUACCUAGUCACCUCCGUUGGCUCCAACUCUACUUAUGGCCGUACUCUCAUGUCCCUGCGUGAAGAUGUGGAGGAGACGCCAUUGCAAGCCAAACUGGGGCGACUAGGCAAGCAACUCAUAGUGUUUGGAGCCGUUGUUGGCGCCAUCUUCUUCGUCAUUUUGUUCAUCCGGUACUUGGUUCGACUGAAAUGGAUGGCAAGCAAAGGCCCGUCCAACAAGGCAGAGGAAUUUUUCCAUAUUCUCAUUUUGUCUAUAACUGUCGUCAUAAUAACAGUACCCGAGGGCUUGGCAUUGAAUGUCACCGUCGCACUUGCGUUUGCUACCACACGCAUGCUUCGUGACAACAAUUUGGUUCGACUCAUUCGUUCGUGCGAAGUAAUGGGCAAUGCUACCUGUGUCUGUUCCGAUAAGACCGGCACUCUUACGCAGAAUAAAAUGACAGUUGUUGCUGGUCGCAUUGGUCUUGACGGCACUUUCAAUGACAUGGACUCUCCAGUUGUGGGAGCUGGGCAGCCUCAGCCGGGAUCUGCUGUAAUCGGGAAUGAAGGAUCGACGAAGCUCGUUUCUGCCAUGUCAUAUGAAGUCAAGGACCUUAUCAAAGACAGCAUUGCGCUGAAUUCCACUGCGUUCGAAGGCGAUGACUCCAAAGUCUCCGACUAUUUCGGUUCCAGCACCGAAACUGCACUACUCAAAUUUAGCCGGGACCGCCUGGGAUUGGGGCUUUUGACAACGGAGAGGGCCAACAAUCCGGUUCUAACCAUGCUGCCAUUCGAGUCCUCCCGAAAGUGGAUGGCAGUGCUCAUCCGGCUUCCCAAUGGAAGGUAUAGAUUACUAGUCAAGGGUGCCGCUGAAAUCGUGUUUGAGUAUUGCGCUUAUGUUUUGGAGGACCAUACAUAUCAACUCACAACUGUCCGCCUAUCCGAAGAUGAUAGAACUGGGUUCCGGGCAACAAUUCAAGACUAUGCAAGUAGCAUGUUGCGCCCAGUAGCUAUCGCGUACAAAGAUUUUGAUGAAUCGGAAGUUUUCGAAAGCCCCGAUGAUGAUCCUGCUACCAUUAACCUUGAAUGGCUUGCUUCAGGACUGAUAUUUAUUGGGUUUUUUGGCAUCCGUGAUCCUCUGCGUGAAGAGGUUAUCGCUUCGGUCAAGAAAUGCCAAGACGCCGGAGUGUUUGUCCGCAUGGUUACUGGCGAUAACUUUCUAACGGCUAAGGCUGUUGCUGCCGAAUGCGGCAUCUAUUCAGGCGGCGGGGUUGCGAUGGAUGGACCAACUUUCCGAAAGCUUUCCGAAUCCCAGCUGGAUGAGGUGAUUCCACGUCUUCAAGUUUUGGCAAGAUCGAGUCCAGAAGACAAGCUUCUCCUUGUAACCCGUCUGCGAGCAAUGAAGGAGACUGUUGCUGUGACAGGGGAUGGCACCAAUGAUGCCCUUGCUCUUAAAGCCGCAGAUGUUGGUUUUGCAAUGGGAAUUCAGGGCACCGAGGUUGCCAAGGAGGCGGCGUCUAUUAUUCUUCUUGAUGAUAACUUUGCUUCCAUUGUGAAAUCUUUGAGCUGGGGUCGCACAAUUAAUGAUGCCGUUAAAAAAUUUUGUCAAUUUCAAUUCACAAUUAACAUCACAGCUGGUACUCUCACCAUUAUUUCGAAGCUCGUCGGUGACUCCAUCUUCACAGUAGUUCAGUUGCUCUGGAUCAACUUGAUCAUGGACAUAUUUGCAUCCUUGGGUCUUGCUACUGAUCUUCCCUCGCCUGACUUUCUUAAACGCAAGCCAGAACCCCGCAAUGCUCCAAUUAUCACCAUCACAAUGUGGAAAAUGAUCCUAGGGCAAGCUAUCUAUCAGCUUGCCGUCAUCUUUACAGUACACUAUGCUGCCUGGGAAAUAUUUGACCCGCAUACGCAAUCGGAGAUUGAAAAGUUGCAGACUCUAGUGUUCAACAUAUACGUCUGGAUGCAGUUUUUCAAUCAACACAAUUGCCGAAGGGUGGAUAACAAGUUGGAUAUCUGGUACCAAGGAGUGCUGCGCAAUCCUUGGUUCAUUGGUGUCCAAGUUCUCACUCUGGUAGGCCAGUUUGUCAUCAUCUUCAAAGGUGGAGAGGCUUUUGACACUGUGCCUCUGACAGGAGCGCAGUGGGGAUGGAGUAUGCUUUUUGGAAUACUUACCCUUCCUCUCGGUGCGUUGAUCCGCCAGGUGCCAGACAGAUACGUUGCCUCUUUUUUCCAAAGAGUCGGUCACUUUCUUCGAUGGAUUACCAAGCCAUUCAAGGGAUGGUGCUCUUGUCUCUCUAUUUUACACAUUCGCAGCCGUGAGAAGCUGGAUCAAGAUUCUCGGGAGAUGGCCUCUUCCACCAAGGGUGGGAAGACUGGUGGUGGGAAGACUGGCGGUGAAGACAUAGCAGGCUCUAAGCGACCUAUAAGUGGAUCAACGCACAGUGAAGCGUCUGGUCACAGAGGGCACGCAUCGGGCGCGGUUGCUGAAAGCUCCAGCGAGGUUGAUGAAGAUGUAGACCUCCAAGUAUUAGUCGAGGCUGCGAGGUUGGGUCGGUCUGUUGGCAAGAAUGUCUUGGAACUCCAUCCCAAGACACUGGAAGAUGACCCAAUUAUCCGAAAAAGAAGCAAUUUCAGCCUUCCGCCGAGUCAGGACCCGGCAAUCAUGCAAUUCAUGAGUAGAGCUCAUGACGAAGAAUCUGCUCGUGUGUCUCGAAGAAGAAGACGAGCAAGAGCUGUUUGGGUUGAACCAACUCGACCCAGGCCAGUCACCACGCCACAAAAGCCCGGGUUGACAUGGGAGAGUUUUCUGCGAUCUAAGCGAAGAUGA